AUGGUUCAAUUUCAAGAGUCUUUCUGUACUUCUCUCUCUCGUCAUUGUCCUCAUUUUACUCCUCCAUUUCCUUCCUUAUGUUUCUUUCAGUCUUUUCUCUCUUUCAGUCUUUUGCUUCAUUUUUCUCAUCUUAUUUCUCCUUUUCUCAUACUUCUUUUUUUCUUUCCUUUAUCUGUCACUCUUUGUUUUUCUUUCCAUAUUCCUCUUAAAAAAAAGUCUUUUUUUUUACUUCUCUCUCUCUCUUUGUUGUGCUCAUCUUAUUCCUCCUCUUCUUUCUUAUACUCCUUUCUUUCUUUCUUUCUUUAUCUCUCUCUCUUUGUUGUUCUCUCUUUAUUCCUCUUCAUCAUUAAAAUGAGUCUUUCUUUACUUUUUCUCAUCUUACUCUUCCUCUUCUUCCUCCUACAUCUUUCUUUCUUUCUUUCUCCCUUUCCUUGUUGUUCUCUCCUUAUUCCUCUUCAUCAUAAAAUGACUUUCUUUAUUUUCUCUCUCUCUCUCUCUCUCUCUCUGUUUUUCUCAUCUUAUUCCUUCUCUUCAUCCUCACACUUCUUUCUUUCUCUGUCUUUCUCUCUUCAUUCCUCUUCAUUUAAAAUGAGUCUUUCUUUACUUUUUCUUUCUCUCUCUUUUGGAUUUUCUCAUCUCAUUCUUCCUCAUACUCCUUUCUUUCUUUCUUUAUCCAUCUCUCUCUCUCUCUCUUUGUUUCUUUCUUUACUUCUCUCUCUCUCUCUCUCUCUCUCUCUCUCUCUCUUUGUAGUUCUCUUUUUAUUCCAUCUCUUGUUUUUCAGAUUCCUUUCUUUCUUUCUUCAUCUCUCUUUAUACAAUUUUAUACAAUAG